UUGCGUUUGUCCGUACGAAGCGCAUCCAGUAUCCGGAAUAGUGAGGACAGAUCUAUUUGCUAAGGCUGCCUUGCGCGGCGACAACAUAAGUCAACGCAACGAAGAUGAAGAGUUGGUUAUCUACUUUAGGCCUUUUAGGCUUGUCUAUAUCGACGGCUUGGGCAUUGGAAGUACAGCUAGACGCUACGGAAGAGAAUCAGCAGAAAUGUGCUGGCAUGUAUAGUAAAAGCGCAUGGGGUGGUCCGAUAGAACCUUUCAUCGAAACGGUAUUCCCGGAAACCGCUGUCGAAGGCGACCAAGACCCGAUCGUCAGUCUAAUCAUAUUCGAAUGGAAAGACCAGGAUUUGAUUGGUGUCUACCCGAAUCCUGAUGCGUUUCAAAAAGAGUUGAUCUGCCGCGAGGAGACCGUCCAGGCUGGCCUGUGUAACAAUACCGAGAUUGGCGAAUGGAUUUUAUCUCCUAACGCGACUGACAAAUCCGAGAACCUGAUCGUGACCCAAGCCAUAAAGCUCAAAUCCGCGCCCUCUAUCAAGUACCCUAUUAAGAAGACCGGUUACUUCUGUGUUGCGGCGUAUGGACUUAAUACCGAUGAGUUUAUGGGUGUUGUCGAAUUCCGAGAGGCAUAUGGCGAACUUCCUGCUACUCAGAUCCCUAAGUUACCCUUUUACGGCGGGAUAACUAUUCUCUACGCCGUCGUUGCUGUGUUCUGGGGUUUCCUCUACUACCAGCACAGAUACGACAUAUUACCUGUACAGAACUACAUCACUGCUAUCCUCGUCUUCCUAGUUGUAGAAAUGCUCAUGACAUGGGGAUUCUAUGAUUAUCUGAAUAGGAACGGUUCCAACAUUGGAGCUAAGGUUCUCCUUGUGGUAGUAGCCGUUCUCAAUGCCUUCCGUAAUUCCUUCUCCUUUUUCCUACUACUUAUCGUAUGUAUGGGUUAUGGAGUUGUGAAACCUUCUCUAGGAAAGACGAUGGUCUAUGUUAGGUGGUUAGCAAUCGCUCAUUUCCUUUUCGGAUUGGGUUAUGCUAUUACCAGUUUACUAGUUUCACCCGACACAGCUAGUCCCUGGCUCCUUCUCAUCGUACUCCCAUUGGCUGGUACUUUGACCGCCUUCUACGUGUGGACGCUCAACUCGCUCAACUUCACUCUUAAGGAUUUGCGCGAACGCAAGCAAACCGUCAAAGAAUCCAUGUACAAGAAGCUUUGGUGGUGUAUCCUAAUCAGCAUUCUCGUCACCUUCGGCUUUUUCUUCUUCAACUCCUUUUCUUUCGCCUCCGCCUCCGAUCCUGAUUACGUUCCCUUCCACUGGAAGUCGAGAUGGUUCGUUAUUGACGGAUGGCCAAACUUGGUUUAUCUUGCUGAUGUGGCCUGGAUCGCGUAUGUGUGGAGACCCACAGCAAACAACAGGCGGUUCGCGAUGAGUGAUGAAAUUGCUCAAGAUGAGGAUGGUGGAUUUGAAUUUGCUGAUGUUGGCGCUCCGGAUGAUUCGGAUGAUGACGAAGAAGCGCACAUUGGUUCCAAGAUCAACAACACCCGUUCAGCACCAGCAACUGGCUCUACCCCUACUCAGACAUCACAAAGCAGAGCCCCAGCUAAGCCCGAGACACCUCGGGAUUCCUUCGAUGGCGAGACGAUAUUCGCAGUUGGUGAAGAUGGAGAUAAAUUCAGUGAUGACGAAGCUGAUGGUGGCGAGGGAUCGAACUUGGUCGGCGGAAGAAAAUAGUAUUCAAGAUCUAUCCCAAAACCAUCAUAAUCAAAGGGAAAAGAAAUAGGCGAGGCAAGGGUGGUAUCAACUGUAUUUGGGUCACGCACUUUCGUUACCGUUGUACUAUUAUAGACGUCGAUUGCAUGGCGUUGGAUGCUACUGUAUUGCUCCCUAGUGUAGGUCUAGUAUCGAGGUAUGGAAUUAAACCGGCAUGAUUAGGUUGU